CUCCUUACAUCUUCUCACACUCGUACACAUCCGAUUCAGCUGCCCCCUUCCAGCCCUCUCCCACUUAUCAUUGAGCUCUGUUGUCAUUCCACAGGACCUGGAGAGGUUCCCCUGUCCUUCCUGAAAUGCUGGGCAGCGACGCAUCUGCGCCUGCUGCAUAGGUGCUUAUACCCUUCUGAAAUGCUGGACAGCGACAUAUCUGCACCUGCUGCAUUUCCCAGACAGAGAGGAGGAUGUGUGCGGUCACCGGGGUUGCUCAGUGCCUGUAAAUCCCAAAUCUACACAACGCCAAGGAAAAGAAAUAGGGUCUUGGGAGAACAAGCAUAAAAGGAAAUAAAAGCAAAGAAGAAGAAAGACCGCUAAGAAAGCAGAAGGGAGGAGGAGAAGAAGAAGGAGGCAGGGCAGUGAUCAGUAACCAAUCGGAACAGCCCCAAUGAGCUGCAGCAGCUCGGCAGACAAGCUGAGGGUUUUCGAGUUGCACAGUGCUGGAGUCGCUUUCCUCUCUGAGGACAUGAGGGCAGCUGUGCUGUGAGCAGGAAGAAACUCCCUGUUUUCUUCCUAAAAAAAAUAAAAAAAAAUAAGUUCGUUGACACCAGUUAGGGCAAGACAGCCAAGAUAUAAGAUGCUUCUCUUCUGGGCAACGUUAUAAAGAAUACUACAAAAACUCUGGGCAGACUUAUUUAUUUCAGGAUGUAAAUACCUUAUUGCUGUUAAAAGUCAAUAAAAACAAUGGAUGCACACAGAAGACCAUGCUGGACUGUAUUACCAGAUAGAGUUUAGCUUUGUGCCAAGCAUAUCCAGGAACAGUUGGAUUAAAAUUAGCAAAUCUGUUAAGAAGGCAAUACUUCCUACAAUGAGAUUUACAAGCACAUCUGGUAUCUGUCCGGUUCUAGUAUGUCUCUGUUUUGUGCAGAGAUGCUAUGGAGCGACACAUCAUACCUCUAUAAAGGUGACCAGAAAUCAAACCAAACACAUAGAAGGAGAAACAGAAGUUCACCAUCGGCCAAAACGUGGAUGGGUAUGGAAUCAGUUCUUUGUUUUAGAAGAACAUAUAGGACCAGACCCACAGUAUGUUGGCAAGUUGCACUCAAAUUCGGAUAAAGGUGAUGGAUCUGUUAAGUAUAUAUUAACUGGUGAAGGGGCAGGGACUAUAUUUCUUAUCGAUGACACAACAGGAGACAUUCAUGCAACAAAAAGUCUAGACCGUGAACAAAAGUCUCAUUAUGUUCUACAUGCACAAGCAAUCGAUAGAAGAACCAACAAGCCUCUUGAGCCAGAAUCUGAGUUUAUUAUUAAAGUACAGGAUAUCAAUGACAAUGCUCCUGAAUUUCCUGAUGGACCUUAUGUAGUCACGGUUCCAGAAAUGUCUGAUAUUGGUACCUCUGUUAUUCAGGUGACAGCAACAGAUGGUGAUGACCCUACAUAUGGAAAUAGUGCCAGAGUUGUUUACAGCAUUCUCCAAGGACAACCUUAUUUCUCUGUAGAUCCAAAAACAGGAGUUAUAAGGACAGCACUACCAAACAUGGACAGAGAAGCCAGAGAACAUUACUCUGUUGUUAUUCAAGCCAAGGAUAUGGCAGGUCAAGUUGGAGGACUAUCUGGGUCAACUACUAUCAAUGUUACACUAAUUGAUGUCAAUGAUAACCCACCAAGAUUUCCUCAAAAACAUUACCAGUUAUAUGUUCCUGAAUCAGCGCAAGUUGGCUCAGCUGUUGGCAAAAUCAAGGCUAAUGAUGCAGACAUUGGACUAAAUGCUGACACCAGGUACUCAAUCAUCAAUGGAGAUGGUGUUUUCUCCAUAUCCACUGAUAAAGAAACAAGGGAGGGAAUCCUUUUACUUAAAAAGCCAUUAAACUAUGAAAAGAAGAAGUUAUAUUCACUUAACAUUGAAGGCGUGAAUACUCAUUUGGAUUCACAAUUUUCACAUCUGGGACCUUUUAAAGAUACAACAAUGUUAAAAGUCAUUGUUGGUGAUGUUGAUGAGGCACCUUUGUUUACAAAGCCUUCUUAUGAGAUGGAUGUAUAUGAGAAUGCAAAUACUGGCACCGUUGUUGGAAUGGUCACAGCCCAUGAUCCUGACAGUGCUAAUAGCUUAGUAAGAUAUUUCAUUUAUAAUAAUUCUCAAGAAGAGAACAUUUUUGAAAUUGACACAAAUACUGGAACAAUAAGAACAAGAAAACGACUGGAUCGGGAGGAAAUUCUAUGGUAUAAUAUUACUGUGACUGCUUCAGAGACAGACAACCCUACGUUACUAAGUUAUGUUUCAGUUGGUAUCAAAGUUUUAGAUGUUAAUGACAACCCCCCUUAUAUUGGAAAUGAAGAUAUAGUUGUUUGUGAGAAUGGAAGACCUGGACAGGUUAUUCAUACUAUCACAGCUAUUGAUAAAGAUGACACUGCAAAUGGACAAAGAUUUUAUUUUUCACUUCAAGAGGGUCAAGCACAAAAUCCAAACUUUACUAUAAGGAAUAAUGAAGAUAACACAGCCAGUAUUUUAACACGACGCAGAAGAUUUAGUAGAACUUCUCAAGAUCUUUAUUAUCUUCCAAUUGUUGUUGCUGAUGGAGGUAGCCCAUCUUUAAGCAGUACCAGCACCCUCACUAUUAGAGUAUGUUCUUGUGAAAGAGAUGGCCAAGUACGGACGUGUCAUGCUGAAGCUUUUCUCUCAUCUGCUGGACUUAGCACUGGAGCAUUAAUUGCAAUUCUGCUUUGUGUUGUCAUUCUACUUGCCAUUGUAGUCCUUUUUAUUACACUUAGAAGAGGAAAAAAAGAACCUCUUAUAAUUUCGGAAGAAGAUGUUCGUGAAAAUGUUGUGACGUACGAUGAUGAAGGUGGUGGAGAAGAAGAUACUGAGGCCUUUGACAUUUCAGCACUUCGAAACCCAUCUGCUGCUGAGGAUUUAAAAUAUAGAAGAGAUGUAAGACCAGAAGUAAUGUGUACACCAAGACAUCAAGAUCAGUCUUCUAUUGAAACUGUCAAUGUUCAGGAAUUUCUCAAUCAAAAGCUGGCUGAGGCAGACCGUGACCCAAGUGUUCCACCGUAUGACUCCUUACAGACAUAUGCUUAUGAGGGGCAAAGGUCAGAGGAAGGAUCUAUCAGCUCUCUAGAUUCAUUAGGAACACCCUCUGACCAGGAUUAUACUUAUCUUGAUGACUGGGGACCAGAGUUUAAAGUGUUAGCGGAACUCUAUGGAGAAAAGGAGUCUGAUAGAACAACUUAGUUUCGUAAUUCAAAAACUGUUUUAUUUACAAAACAACCAGAAGCAUAACCACAAGAAAACACAAUAAAUUCAUACCUGGAACUCAGCAAGUUAUUCACUUUUACUGUAGAAACAAGUGCCAUUUUCAUAUCUAAAACUGGGUUUCAGAUUUUGAAAAAUACAGAAGCAAAAACUA